UUUUCUCCUGUUGACUUAGUAGGAUCGCUGCUCCUGAGGACCUGGGAUUUAGAGUUGACAGCUCUGUUGACUUUGAGGGAAGAGAUUGUUACAGGAACGUGUGAGAGUCACAGAUACUGAAGCCACAAAGUAUUUCAGAUUGAGCUCAGCCAACCUCAGGACCAUGAUGCGAGUGACUACAUUGCUGCUGCUUGUUUUGGUUUCAGAGAUCGAGCGCGGAUGGGCAGAUUCACAACAAGUCCAGCAAAACUCUGCUGAAGAUGUGGACAAUGUUCUCUAUCCAUACGGUCCCGCUCAGGGUGACAAAUUGAACCCCGCAGAAGAUGAUGGAACAUCCGGUGAAAUCCCGCUCUCCAGAGAAUUUAAAUUUUUUGGCAAAAGUUACAAAUCUCUUCACGUGAAUAACAAUGGAGUGAUCUCAUUCAACAUGGCCGUCUCCCAAUACACCCCGGAUCCGUUCCCCCUCACUAAUGGGGAAGCAUUUGUUACUCCCUACUGGGGGGAUGUGGACAAUGAUUUGGGGGGCAACGUGUGGCAUAGGGAAAGCACAGACCCCGAUCUCCUGCACAGGAUAUCAGAGGACAUGGCGCAGCACCUGCCAAAUCUCCACUUUAAGGCCACUUGGGCAUUCGUCGCCACAUGGGACAAAGUAGCCUAUUAUGGGUCUGCAUCUAAAAAGGUGAACACGUUCCAGGCCGUCCUCACCACUGAUGGAUUCAAUUACAUCGCCAUCUUAAAUUAUGGAGAAAUCCAGUGGACAACUGGGACCGCCAGUGAGGGAGACCCUGAGACUGGAUUGGGUGGAAUCCCUGCUCAGGCUGGAUUUAAUAGCGGAGACGAAACUCAUUACUUCAAUAUCCCCGGAUCCAGAACCAAUGAGAUCCUGAACAUCCCGUCCACGUCCAAUGUCAACUAUCCAGGACGAUGGGUGUUCCAGGUCGAUGAAUUCAAGGUUGCUGGAGGCUGCACUUUUCAAGGAAAGUUUGCUAAAGAAGGAGAAGAUUUCUGGAAAGAAGCGGCCUGUAAUACGAAGUGCACCUGUAAGGACGGCAAAGUGUGCUGCAAAAAGGAGGCCUGCCCCGAGUCCACCACCUGCGAAGCCUCCGGAUCCUUCUUCACCUGCAAGAUAAAGGAUCAGGAGAUCUGCUACUAAGAUGGCCGACCUCCCCACCGCCCCGACCUUGUGUGCCCUAAAAAGUCUGACGCUCAACCUCUUUACUAGUGCUCAUGGUUUCCAACAAGCAGUCAGCGGCCACCAAAACUACAAGACCCCCAGAGGUCACAUGACGAGGGGAGGAGACUCUUGUUAUCCUCGUUCCCCUUUGUGGUGGAGACCCCUUUAUUGUCCAUGGACCCCCUUAUAUCCCCCCCAUUAGUCACUAUGUAAUCCAAUAAUAAACCACCCAGAUAACCGUUGCUAUGGGAUACAGCAUAAGUACUUCAAAUACCUGUCACCAUAGCAACACAUACUAUGUACUGAUUAGAUGUAGAGCAUCAUGUGACCAA